AUGGAGAGCUGCCUGCAGCAGGGUGUAGCCAUCUACGGCUAUGCUCCAGCCCAUUUUAUCAUAAUUGGACCUGAUCAACCAAUUGCUGCUAUUGUGGGACAGGAUAUCGUGUUAUCCUGCCACCUGUCUCCCAGAAUGAGCGCUGAGAACAUGGAAGUGAGAUGGUUCCAAAAUAAUUUUGAAACUUAUGUCCAUCUGUACCGUGAUGGGAGAGAUCAUUUUGAACAACAGAUGCACAAAUAUCAGGAAAGGACAGAGCUGCUUAAAGAUAGCAUCGUGGAUGGAAAAAUUGCCUUGAAGAUUUUUAAUAUCAAACGUUCUGAUGAAGGGCAGUACAACUGUUUUGUUCAGGAUGGCAUUACUCAUGUUGAAACCAUACUGGAUUUGCACGUAAUAGUCUUAGGUUCUGUUCCCCUCAUCUCUGUGGAGGAUUACCAGGAGGGAGGGAUCCGCAUGGUUUGCCGAUCAGCUGGCUGGUUCCCAGAGCCCAAGGUGGUAUGGAGAGAUCCCAGUGGGCAGCAUUUACCAUCAGUUUCUGAAACAAAAGCUCAGCAGGAUAAUGACCUGUUUUGGGUGUUUCGGGACACCCUAGCCUUAUGGGCUAUCCGUGGCUCCAAACACCCCUUUACCACGCCCAAACUUCGCAGAUGGAACUGA